AUGAGUUGUGAUAUCGAGGCAUCAGGGCGGCCGCAGACCGUGAGGACCAUGACGUCGCAUCUGGCAUAUCAACCCCUGCUUCCUGCCGGAAACAAAUACCUGCAGCAGAAAUGGGACAAGGCUUCAUAUGACUUACACAGGGGGAAGGUGAAGUCAGCAAAACCAACAAUAAACACAACUCCACCAAAGACCUACAGUCACCUGGCUCUCAAGCUGAAGACCCAAAAGCUUGAAGAGGAAUGGACGAUGAAGAUUCAGAGGGAAAACAACAUGCUUAUGGAGAAAAUCUCACACAUCAUGAGAACAACAGGAGGAGUCGACAACAGGAAUUAUUACGACAGGAAAAGGUCAGUUGAGGUUUUGGCAGAACUGUCAGUGUAA